AUGCGUGACCCGCCCGAGCGGCUUCGAAAAGCCGUCAUUGACGGGAACUUGCCCAUAACCAAAAGGCUCCUAGCCAGGUUCCCGGAGCUCUGGCUCAAUACCGAUCCAGAAAACAAUGGCUGGUGCAAUUUGCAUUAUGCCUCCUUCAAGGGCAACUACCUUGUGUGCUUCCACCUCAUGCUGUUGAAGAAAAGAGCGUUUUUGGAUAACCUGGACUCCGACAUGGUCACUUUUGAUAACUUGACUGUGCUCCACAUGCCCGUGUUCCACCACCACCUGCAAACACUACACUACCUUUUACAGGAGUUUUCCGGUCACCCGUGGAUCAACCAUAAAGGCGGCGAAUUGGGCCGAACCCCUCUACAUUACUGCUGUGUCCAUUCCUUCACCGACGGACUUAAGUUGCUACUUGAGUUCGGAGCAGACUGGAAGAUGUUGGACCACAACGGCGACACGUGUCUACAUUUGUGCUUUUCCUACGGCGACGCCUCCGGCUUGCGGGAAUUGGUCAAGUGCAUUGUUGGCAAAUGCUACAGAACGCUUCAGGCCGCGGUAGGUCAGCCUCAGUUUUCCGGCAAGGAAGCCGUCUUGGCGGAAUUGGAGGAGUUCGAGGCCAUCAAGAACAAACACGGUUUCAAGGCUAUUGAUUAUGCUGCUUCGUUUGAGCUCCAGGUCCAGUAUAAGGAGUCUCGUUUGGCCUGGUUGGAAUCUGCCCUAGAGGAGGAACAGAUGCUUUUGAAGCUGACGCUGGACAAUUGGGACUCCGUUUUGGCCUUUGCUCCUUCGGAAAGCGGACGUAACGAUAUGGCUUCGCUCCAGCCGUCUACGCAAUCGCUGGCAUCAUCCCUCACAGCUCCAGACUCAACAUCCAUAUCAGGAUCCACCACAAAGCCGUCGGCUCUGCCUGAGAAAAGCGACGAAGGCUUGGUUAGACAAGCGAGAAUGCACCUGGCGUCCGUUGGAAACGAUGCCUCGUUUUCUCCGCUGGACAAGCUCAAUUCUCGCCGCAGAUCCAACACAGCUUCUGCUCAUGGCUACAAGCCUCCACCGCUACCGAUCUCCAUCAACACCAACGCCGCGUCCAAACCGGUCAAGAUGUCGAGUCCCGUGACGCCGUUGCUGAUCGAUUUCCCGAAAACGCCAUCGUUGAAAUCGGUCACUAUCUCACCGUCCGUUCGUGGCUCAAAGAGACGCACCAGCAUCAACAGCAUGUCCACCGGGACGCCCGAGGUGGUUCGGGAAUUCUCUCCUGAACCGCAAAUCACAGAAAACAACCCUUUCCCUACUGCACAAGCACCAGCUCCUGAAGCUAGUCUGCCUGUAGCAGUCACCGCUAUACCGUCGGUUCCAUCGCAACAUUCACUCGACCGCUCAGCAGUCCAGCGUUCCAUCAGCCUGGGAUCAUCACAAAACGCCCCAAUCCAAGAAAAAAGCAUCCUGAACGCCGACAGAAGACGGUCCAUGUCGUCGAUCCACUCACCACCAAUCCGCUCCUCGUCGUUCCAUUUCCUGCCUCUCGGCAUAUCACGGCGUCGUAGCAUCACCAGCGCUGGUUCCAAUGGAGCUGUAGAGACUGUCGAUCCACUGAGACUGUCAUCGCCCUUGAGUCUUGAAACCUCUCGUUUCAGUACCAGACGAAGCUCACUCAGAAGAAACAUCUCCACGCCUUCUGUGAUCCACUCUCAGGCGCUUGGAAUUUCGACCUCCAACGGAAGCCUGGAAACGCUACCAGCACGCCCGGAACGCCUUUUCCGCCACACCAAUGCUUCAGACUCCAUGAUUCGUUCCAGACCAACAUCGCCGUUGGAGCUGACGGAGGAGUUCAACAACCUGAUGGAUACAAUCAAACUUGGGCUACAGCGGUCUCACGACGCCGUGCCCGAGGACCAGGUGGUUCACUCGUUUGUGGCUACCAUACCUCGAGAUAAGGUGAGACGAGGUGAAACGACUUCACCAACCAAAGAACGGCGUCCGGACAGCCGGACGUCGACCAUGUCUUCGCUGAGCUCCGUGCACACGCAGCGGGACCUAAACAGCAUCAAACUCACGCGGGUUCGUGACGAUUGA